AUGAACCCCCCGGUGACAGCUCUGUCCCCACACGGGGACAAAGCCAGCUCUGUCCCCUGGCCCGGUGAGCACCCCCGGCACGCCCGGUGCCCCGGCAGGGAGCCCGGGCUCGCCCCACGCCUGUCCUGCUGGCCACGGCUCGGGCAGGGCCACCCUGCUGCCCCCGAGCUCCGGGACAGCGCCCGGGGGGCUCCCGCUGCCGCAGCCCCCGUGGCUUGCACCCCUGGGCAGGGCUGGCCCGAUCCCGAUCCCGGUCCUGGUCCUAAUCCUGGUACUGAUCCCGAUCCUGAUCCUGAUCGUGAUACUGAUCCUAAUCCUGGUCCUGAUCCCAAUCCUGGUCCUAAUCCUGGUACUGAUCCCGAUCCUGAUCCUGAUCGUGAUACUGAUCCUAAUCCUGGUCCUGAUCCUGGGGCUCGCCACCGAUCCCGGCCGUACCGAGCCACCGCCGGUCCCAGCUCGCCACCGAGCCCGGCCGUACCGAGCCACCGCCGGCCCCAGCUCGCCACCGAUCCCGGCCGUACCGAGCCACCGCCGGUCCCAGCUCGCCACCGAUCCCGGCCGUACCGAGCCACCGCCGGUCCCAGCUCGCCACCGAGCCCGGCCGUACCGAGCCACCGCCGGUCCCAGCUCGCCACCGAGCCCGGCCGUGCCGCGCCCUCGGGCCGGGCAGCGGGAGCGGCCCUGGGGCUGCGGGGAGCGGGAGCAGCCCCGGCCCCGAGGAUGGACAGAGGCCACCUGGAUGGCCCUGUGGGCGAGUGUGGGACCCUCUGGGCCAGUGCGGGACCCUUUGGGCCAGUGCGGGACCCUCUGGGCCAGUGUGGGACCCUUGGGGACCCUCUGGGCCAGUGCGGGACCCCUGGGGACCCUCUGGGCCAGUGCAGGACCCCUGGGGACCCUCUGGGCCAGUGCAGGACCCCUGGGGACCCUCUGGGCGAGCUCUCCCCUGGCCGGGGCUGA